AUGUGCCUCUGGAGAAGAUCUCAGAAUUUGUGUCAAAUAGCAGUUUCAAUUAACCUUGAAUAUGAAGAAUUUGCUCGUAAAGCAUUCACCUUGAAUAUGAAGUUCAAGAACGCUGCAAACUCUGAGAUUACGGUUGAGAUUUGCAUUAGUGGAGCAUGGGUGGUGGGAGGUGAUUGGAAUACUGUGCUUCUGCUGAAUGACAGGGUUGGUUCUACCAUUACAUUUGAGGAGGAACAGAAAAACUCUGGGUCAUUCUUUACAUGGUCAAACAAGCAAGAGGGAGAUGAGAAAAAAAUUGUUGCUAAACCUAAACCAUUUAGGUUUUUUAACAUGUGGGUGAAAGCUGAUAGGUUUCUAGAUAGAGUUCAAGAGGUGUGGCAGGAAGAUAUUCAGGGUGUCCCCAUGUUCAGAAUUGUGAAGAAAUUGAAGAAGUUGAAAGGUUCCUUGAAAGAGUUGAAUAAGGAAAAAAAUUUAGACAUAGAGAAGAGAGCUGAUGAAUCAUAUCAUAAGUUGAUUCAAAUUCAGCAGCAGGUGCAUUUGGAUCCUUCAAAUCAGGCACUAUAUGUACUAGAAGAUGUAGCUAAGCAAGAUUACAUUGCUUUGAACAAAGCAAGGCUAAACUUCCUGCAUCAGAAAGUGAAGCUUGAGUGGCUGAAGAAAGGAGACUCAAACACUAGAUAUUUUCAUGUUGCUCUCAAACAAAGAAGAAAUCAGAAUAAAGUUUCUAGAAUUAGGAACUUAGAUGGAGUUUGGAUGGAAGAAACAUGA